CUCCAUUACCAGUCUGGCCUGUGGAAGGGAGGAGUUGUUCUCUUCAGUGUCCUUACUUUUCAUAUCUCCCUGCUUAAUUCAGGAUCUGUUUGUUGCCCAGGUGGAGUCAGUUCUUGAGCAGAAUGAGUUCAUCUCUCCUGCUCUCUAGUCCACGUUCUGAAGAAGAGAAACCCAUUGCUGUCUUGUGGGGCUGCGAGCUGAACACCAGCACCAGGAGGUGUGUGGUGAUGGAAGAAGACGACUUCUUGGAACACCUGGUCUUACUGAAAACAAUCUGUCUCAGUGCAGAGGCCAAGGACGAACCGCACGUGGUGGCAGUAGCUUCAAAAAACACCUACGGUGACAACAGGGCAGUGCCCAUCGCUUCACUGAGGCUCUCUGUCCUACCCAUGAUCAGUCUUGAUGGCUUUGAAUUUAUCCCUCCUGUUGCCUUUGAAUUAAAGUCUGGAACUGGGCCAGUUUAUCUCAAUGGACAACAUCUAAUCUUGGAAGAUGAUGCAGAAUAUGAAGCCAGAGGAGGAUGGCUAGCAGAGGAGUCGUUCUCUUCAGCUGUUGUGGAAGAAGAUACAGGGCACUCAGCAGCAUUCCUGCUUUAUAUGCCUUUCUUCAUGGCCAGGCCCAAUUUCCAAUGA